UUGGAAAAGAAAAAUAACCCAGCAAGAUUUGGGACAUCCUCUGCUGAAUGGCUUUAUCACAGCAGAUUACUUGGAGCUGAUCUUUAAGCUCCCUUGGGGCAUUCAUACCAGAACAACUUGGCAUGACCUGUGCUCAGUUGUCUUUUAAAUACAAGAAGAGCAAAUUCUGCUGUGCAGCAGAGCCACUCAAGGAAAGUGUGACAGCUACAGAGAAAAGUGCAAGAGAAGAACAGUAACGAAGAUGGUAGGCAGCCAAAAACGCAGUACAGAAGAGGAAGCUCAGGAAACUCCCAGAUUUCAACGACAGACUCUGACGGCACCUGCUCCAUUUGCAGACGAAACAAGCUGUCAGUGCCAAGCCCCCCACGAGAAGCUAACGAUUGCACAAGCCCGCCUGGGAACCCCAGUUGACAGACCUGUCAGAGUAUAUGCAGAUGGGAUAUUUGACCUCUUCCACUCUGGCCAUGCUAGAGCUCUUAUGCAAGCCAAAACUCUAUUUCCAAAUAGCUACUUAUUAGUAGGAGUUUGCAGUGAUGAUUUAACUCAUAAAUUCAAAGGCUUCACUGUGAUGAAUGAAACUGAGCGAUAUGAAGCCCUCAGACACUGUCGCUAUGUGGAUGAGGUCAUCAGAGAUGCACCCUGGACCCUGACACCUGAGUUCCUUGAAAAACAUAAGAUUGACUUUGUAGCCCACGAUGACAUCCCGUACUCCUCCGCUGGCUCGGAUGAUGUGUACAAGCACAUAAAGGAGGCAGGAAUGUUCGUACCAACGCAGAGAACCGAAGGGAUCUCAACGUCCGAUAUCAUCACGAGGAUUGUCCGGGACUAUGAUGUGUAUGCCCGGCGCAAUCUCCAACGAGGAUACACCGCCAAAGAGCUGAAUGUCAGUUUUAUAAAUGAGAAGAAAUACCGCUUUCAAAACCAAGUGGACAAAAUGAAAGAAAAAGUCAAGAAUGUGGAGGAAAAAUCAAAAGAAUUUGUUUACAAGGUGGAAGAGAAGAGCCAUGACCUCAUUCAGAAAUGGGAAGAAAAGUCCAGGGAAUUUAUUGGCAACUUUUUAGAGCUGUUUGGACCCGACGGAGCCUGGAAGCAGAUGUUCCAGGAACGAAGUGGACGAAUGCUCCAAGCUUUUUCUCCUCGGCAGAGCCCAAACAGCAGUCCUACACGAGGCCGCUCUCCAUCCCGUUCUCCAUCUCCACCCUGGGUCUUCAAUAAAGCUUCCCCUCCCUCUUCUCCAAAAGCUGCCUCUGCCUCCCUCAGCAGCAUGAGCGAGGGAGAUGAGGAUGAAAAGUAAAAUAUUUUUUUAACCAUGAGACAGAAGAACAAGCUAUGAACUCAAUUGCUGGAUGGGGAGAAGCGUGAGGAAUAUCUGUGGCAUCUCUGACAGCAGGGAAUGUGCUCUAGGAGAAGAUUCUGAAAACAGACUGGGGAGCACAGCAAAGGAGAUCUCAGGAAGAGCUUAUCCCAUCCCUGCUUCCUCACGGUGCCUAGAGGCCAGGCCAGCAGCGCUUACCAGACACAGCACUGGGAACUGACAGAAAAACAUACACCUUUGUGCAAGUUCCUGCCCAUGUGUUGCUGCUCACAGCUGCUGCAGCCAGGCCGGGUCAGCAGGGAACU